CCUAUUGAACACUACCUUACAUCUUCUAAUAUACCCACCUAUUUAUGUAAUGUCAUCUCAAUUACUAGUACAGGUGGACAUGCAUUAUUCUAUACGAAUGUGCCAGGAGGCCUGGUGAGGAGACUGCUUUGAGCCUUGGAUCAGCUGAAAGAACAGACACUGGUCUUCCUUGGCUCACUUGAAAGUGCAGACAUCUGACUUUGGAUCCGCUGAAAGCAUAGACAUCUGUGUUCCUCAGUACAGUUGAAAGUGCAGGCAAUUUGUCGUUUCCCAUUGCACAAUGGGAGGCUGUUUGUCCUCUUUUCACAGAAGGAACAUCGAGACCCCAAACUUGUGGUCCACCUCAGACCCCUCCCUCCCCUCCUUGCUGGGGGACGACCUCUUCUAUGUGUCGGACCUGAGCUCACAGAAGUGGAAAGACACUGUCGGCCGCCAUGUUGCGUCUUCCCUGCCACAGCGGGAGGUUGACCACCAGGAAGCCAUCAAUGAGCUGUUUGUGACAGAAGCCUCUCACCUGCGGCUUCUGCGUGUCCUGACUGUCUUCUUCUAUCAGCGCAUGUUUAGGGAGAAACUUCUUUCGCAGGAGGAGCUGGCCCUCCUCUUCCCCAACCUCCCAGAGCUGCUGAAGAUUCACAGUUCUCUGUCAGAAUCGAUGAAAACACUUCAAGAACAAGGGCCCAUCAUCCAUGAAAUUGGGCACUUCAUGCUUUCCCAGUUUGGUGGGCCUGCACGCGAAGAGAUCCAACAGGCAGUCUCUGACUUCUGUGUGAACCAGUCCAAGGCCCUGGAGCUGAUCGAGACCAAGCUGCAGAAGGACACUCGAUUCCGGCUUAUCAUUCAGGAAGCAGAGAGUAACUACCAGUGCCGCCACCAUCAACUGAAAGAUCUCAUCCUCUCCGAAAUGCAGCAGCUGACAAACUACCCUUUGCUGCUGGAUAAUAUUAUCAAACACACUGAUGGGCAGUCUUCAGAGCACCAGAAGCUGUGCCAGGCUAGGGACCAAUGCCGGGAAAUCCUUCAGUGUGUGAAAGAGAUUGUGAAGAAGGCCGAAAACCAUCAUCGCCUGGAGACCUAUCAGAUGUGUUUGGACACCACCUCGCUGCAGUGGACCACCAACACACUGGCAGCGGAGUUCAAGAAUAUUGACCUCCGGAGUCAUUGCCUGAUCCACGAGGGCCCCUUGCGCUGGCGCCUGCGCAAAGACAAGACUGUGGACUUGCACGUGUUGCUGCUGGAAAAUCUCCUGCUGCUCCUGCAGAGGAAGGAUGAGAGACUUGUUCUCAAGUGCCACAGGAAGAGGGUGUGGGGCUCCUCAGGCACUUGGCAAACGAUCAGCCCCGUCCUCAAGCUGAAUGCAGUGCUGAUCCGCACCGUGGCCACAGAUCCGCGAGCUUUCUUUGUCAUUUGCACAUCAGAACUGGUACCCCAUCUGUAUCAGCUCGUUGCCUCAACACCUUCAGAAAAGAAUAUGUGGAUAGAACUUCUGGAAGAGGCAGUAAGGCGCGCCAAGGGAAAUGCCACCUUGCCCUCAGGGAAUCUGAGAUAAUAUUAACUUCACAUGUAAUAAAUUAAAACCACAGAGCUUUAUUAGAACACCCUUUUGCAUUAUUCUACGGACUUUAUAAAAUGGCGACAGCGGCAGGGGUGGGGGGAUCUUUCUGUUGUACCAUCACCAAUUACCCUGCUCCUCAAACACCGUUCCUGCUACUAGUUAAGGUCAAUGGGAUGUCAAGAGCCGUUUUCUCAUAGCUUUUCUGGGCCAACUGAGGUUAUCAAAACAGAAUUCUGCAGACGGUAACAAGAAAAUAAAGGAAGUUGUAUCUUUCUUGCACCUCAGCAGCAUCCCCCCAUGCCUCAAAUUACUGCAUGAAAAGUUCUGACUCCUUUUACCAAUUGUAACUCUUUGAGGCAGAGAACUAUUUGCCUCUGUAAACUGUAGGGCACAUUAACUAUGCUUCAUAAAUAAUCUUUUAAAAAAGCAUCAGAGUUAAGAAAAACACAAUGUGUGUGAAGUUGUCCCUAAUCUCACACCCUUUUGGAGUCUGAUAGAUUGGAGUUUUACAUGGAUUACAGGUUGCCAACUUUUAUUAUUUGCCCGUGCACCUAUGCUUUCAACCACAGCUUGAUCUGCUGGCGUUAGCAAGGUGUUCAAGCUAACCUUUCAUGUCAUUGGAGGGGGGAUUCCCUCUCAAUUCCUUUAGGCC